AUGGAGUGGGCGUACCUCGAGGCGAUAAUGAGGAAACUGGGCUUCCAAGAAAGGUGGAUCUCCCUUUCCAUGAUGUGUGUUAGAACAGAAUCGUUUUUUGUCCUCAUUAACGAAGAACCGAAGAGCAAAAUCACAUCAACUAGGGGAUUGCGGCAAGGCAACCCUAUAUCUCUGUAUCUCUUCUUACUAUGUGUUGAGGGCCUGUCAGCCAUACUGCAGAAGGAAGUGGGUAUGGGGAGGAUCAAGGGGAUUUUGGUAUGCAGAAGGGCUCCCCAAAUUUUGUAUCUUCUAUUCGCAGACGACAGUAUAAUUUUCUGCAGAGCCACCAUGGAGGAAGGCAACCGGGUCAUUAAGGUCCUUAAAGACUAUGAGGAAGCUUUUGGUAAAAAACUAAAUAAAGAGAAAACUUCUCUUUUCUUUAGUAAAAAUACCAAGAGGGACACUCAGGAAGGGAUAAAGGACUUGUUUGGAGCACAAAUCAUACAACAACAUGAAAAAUAUCGUGGGUUGCCCCCUAUGGUCAGAAGAGGAAGGAAGAAAGUGUUCAACCGGAUUAAAGACCAAGUGGGAAGAAAGAUCGCAGGUUGGAAAGGAAAGCUUUUAUCCAACGCAGGAAGAGAAAUCCUCAUCAAAGUGGUUGCCCAAGUAACCUCCACCUAUAUGAUGAGUUGCUUCAUGCUCCCCAACUCGCUUUGCAAUGAGCUGAACUCCUUGGUAAGGAAUUUUUGGUGGGGACAAAAGGAUAAGGAGAGGAAAAUGGCCUGGGUGUCUUGGGAGAAGUUAUGUACCAGAAAAUCCGAGGGCGGUAUGGGCUUUAAGGAUCUUAGAGCUUUUAACAUGGCCUUGUUGGCAAAACAGGGUUAG